AUGCCGCUUUUUGAUAUUCCUCUCCCGGCCCCAGUACGUCGGUCUAUCACCUCGCGAAAAUAUGCCCUCGACGGUCCGUCGACAAAAAGGAAGCGGAACAGAGUGUCUUCCGAGUCCUCCUCCAGCGACGAUGAUCUCAACCUCUCAGCAAACAAUGACGACUUGCUCGUCCAAUCCACAAACCCGUUGAGCUUGACGCCAGAUGAAAUAGCUCAAUAUCGUUUGGCCGGUCUUUCUUUGAACAAGCAAUUACCGCAAGCGAAAGGUCUCGUCGAUUGGCCUCAUCGAGGUUUUGCGGCGGAGGUUGAGUUGCACAACACGCAGGAUGAGGGAAAAUCUGGAGCCGGAGAGCACAGCGGAGGAGCAACACGCAGUGUUGAAAGUGAUUCACAAGAAAAAAAUGGCGAUGAAUUCCAUGCUUCCCAAUCUAUACGGACACCCCAUGGCCACCGGCUCCGGCUACAACAUCUCAAUGUCUUGACAGCAGUGGUUCAUAAAUGUCUGCUAGAAGGCGAUAUCCCACGAGCCACCCGGGCGUAUUCUCUAUUGAUUCGGUCGGAGCCUGCUGGUAAAGCUCUGGAUCUCAAAACUACCGGGUACUGGGGAAUAGGUGCAGAAUUGCUGGUACGGAGCUCUCAGCAAGGAAAGUCGAACAAGUUCCAUCAUAUCUAUGAUUCAAAUUCCGAUUCCGAUUUGGAUGAUGAUACAGAGAGGGUACACAACACCAAUACCGAGAAAGAUAUCGGUGCAGAGGGCAAAACAUGGGGAUCAAAGCAAGGCUUUGAAUUGGCAAAAUCAUAUUAUGAGACUUUGAUCAUUCAGUAUCCUUACAAAAAGCAGAAUCAUGCUUUUGUCAGUUCGCUUGAUUUUUGGUCAGCUAUGGCUGCAUGCGAAAUUUACGGCAUCCAAGCUGAAUAUCGCAAGGGCUUUGAGAAGCUACCUGAGAGGUACGACUCUGAGUCGGCUACCUCCUCGGACAACGACAGCGACCGAGAGGAUAUAUUUGCUGAUGCCCACGAAUAUAUCGGAGGCUCAGUAACCGGAUCUCCGACAGCUUCAAAUUCUAAACAACGGGCUCGGAAGUAUCACAAAAUGGAUAAGAUAUGGGUACAAAAGAGCAACAUUCGUGUCUCAGCGCUGUCCGCUUCAGAAGCGCUAUCAGCCCGAAUGGAUGAGAUAAUGAGCCGUCCUCCGUUUGACAGAGAUAGAUCUAUGCUUCGCUUACGGGGAAUGCUGGGCUUGUAUAUUGGGGACUUGAAUGUUCCUGUAAAGCCGGUCGAGCCACCUGAGGGCGAUGAUGAUAGAGAACGAAGAUUUCUUUUCCUACAGCGUAAGAGUGAGUAUGAGCGCGGGGUGAUCAGGAAGCUAGAGCUCUGGGAAAGUACUCGAAAGGUCUUCGACAAAUGUAGAGCAGAAGGCGGGCCGGACAUCGACUUGGACAACCUCUUACAAAGUGAAAUAGUCGAGGAGGAGAAUUUGGAUCAAAUUGAACAACAUUCGCCGGAUGAAUACACGGAGGAUUAA